AUUAAUUUGUGCGCGUAUAUUGUAUAUGUCAUUAAGUGUUUUUGUGUUGAAAUGUGUAUGCUUGUUAGUUAUUAUCGUAGUGCAUCCAUAAAGUGUAAAUUAAGAGUGAAAGUGCGUUGCAAAAUGAAGCGCAAAGAGCAUAUAUUGCCGAAGGUGCUCCCGUGGGUAAAUGUGCUUUUAAACAACAAGCGAAGUAUUCUUGCAGUGAGUUAAGAUAUUACAGUGAAUAAAAUAAAUCCUCCGUAAAAUGUGUUGCAUUGCCUGAGCUUGGAUUUCGCAUAUUCGCUUCUUUGAGCAAACACAUCUGAACCGGUUUAAUGAUGUCCCUAGAAAUUAUUUCUGUGAUGGAACAUAGUACUCGCUUCGUUUAUGUGGCGCUGGCAAUUGUUUGCUUGCUGCCCACACCCGCCACAACAUUCCUACCACUUAUGCUGCCCACCACCACAACAACAACAGCAGCAGUGACAGUGAGCACUGGCCUGGCGGCGGCGGCGGCGGCCAAUGAGCCAGCCGACACAAUUAUAGCACCCGAUGUAAUGGACCAAUGUCCAAUGGGUUACUUCCAUUGCAAUAUUUCGGCGCAAUGCGUGCCGCAGCGGCUGAACUGUGACGACAAGGCGGACUGUGAUGAUGCCUCGGAUGAGUGGAACUGUGUCAAUGAUGUGGACGCGAAAUUUUGGGAUCAUUUCUUUCGUAAGCAGCCAUAUGGGCGGCACGACGACGUGCCGGUGGAGACGUGCUAUUGGCUCAACAGCACCAAUUUCAGCUGCCUUUGUCGCGGUGAUGAGAUUUUAUGUCGCUUCCAGCAGCUAACGGCAAUGCCCGCCAAUCUGCCCGCCACGGAGCUGGCAAUGCUGGAUUUAACUGGAAAUAAUUUCCCAAACAUUGACGAACACUUUAUUGCACAGCUGCCAGUGGUUGAGAGCCUUGUUCUUAAGUUUUGUUCAAUCGAGCAGCUCGCACCCUACGCAUUCCGAAGGCUCUCUGAGAUACCAUUGAAAACGCUCUAUUUGGAUGAGAAUAAAAUCACCAACCUACCGGAAAAUUUAUUUUCGGCGGAAAAUUCCCUAAAAACGCUCAUCGUUUCAGGAAACCGCAUAAAAGAACUGCAUAACUACGAUUUUCAACAUUUGGAGCGUUUGACUGAAUUAGACCUGCGCGGCAAUCGUAUUGAAACCUUUGAAGCGGAUGUGUUUGGCAUGCUGCAGAGUCUGGAAGUGCUUUACCUCAAUGAGAAUCACAUCCAUCAGAUCCGUCCGGGCAUGUUCCCGGUGCUCACAAAGCUGCACACUUUAUCGCUGGCGCACAAUCGCAUCGCCGACAUCGAACGGAAUUCGUUUACAUUUCCGCGGUUAUUGCAUUUAUUUUUAGCUGGCAAUCGACUGUCAGUGCUGCGAGCACGUACUUUUUGCCCACUUCGGCUGCUGCAAGGACUGCACCUGAACGACAACCGCUUGGCGCACUUUGAGUUGGACGCCUUCGAUUGUAUGCAGAAUCUCACAUCGCUGCUGCUAACGGGCAAUGAAUUCAAGACAUUGGAUCCGCGUGUCUUGCAGAAUCUAACCAAUUUGAAUUAUAUCUACUUCUCGUGGUUCCAUUUGUGUCGUGCCGCUCUGCAUGUGCGCGUCUGCGAGCCGCGUGGCGAUGGCAUUAGCAGCACUUACCACUUGUUGGAUAAUCAAAUAUUGCGCGGCAGUGUGUGGGUAAUGGCCUUUGUCGCCACCGUCGGCAACCUGCUUGUGCUGCUUGGCCGCUACUUUUACAAAUCGCGCAGCAAUGUGGAGCACUCAUUGUAUCUGCGUCAUUUGGCCGCUAGCGACUUCCUCAUGGGCAUCUACUUAACGAUAAUUGCUUGUGCGGAUAUUAAAUUUCGCGGCAAAUACAUUUUCUACGAUGAGGCAUGGCGACAAAGUGUUUGGUGUGAUUUCUCGGGCUUCCUCAGCACAUUCAGCUGUCAAUCAUCGACUUUGCUGCUAACAUUGGUGACAUGGGAUCGCCUGAUGUCCGUGACACGUCCUCUAAAGCCACGCGAUAGCGGCAAAACGCGUAUCGCUUUUCGCCUUGGUCUACUGUGGGGUAUGUCGUUCGUGCUUGCCGCUUUGCCUUUUCUGCCGAUACAAUAUUUUGGUGGUCAUUUCUAUGGCACUAACGGUGUUUGUCUCUCUCUGCACAUACACGAUCCAUUUGCAAAGGGCUGGGAGUACUCCGCGCUGCUGUUCAUACUUAUUAACACCGUCUCGCUGAUUUUCAUAUCGAACUCGUACAUUCGCAUGCUGCAGGCGAUACGCGACUCGGGCGGCGGCAUGCGGAGCACGCUGAGUGGACGUGAAAAUGUUGUGGCUACGCGUUUCGCGAUAAUUGUUACAACUGACUGCGCCUGCUGGCUGCCGAUAAUUGUCGUCAAGGUGGCAGCGCUCUCGGGCUGCGCAAUCUCACCCUCGCUCUACGCCUGGCUCGCCGUGCUCGUGCUGCCGGUGAAUUCAGCCUUAAAUCCGGUGCUGUACACGCUCACCACGGCGGCGUUCAAGCAGCAGCUGCUGCGCUACUGCCAAGCGGUGCCCACCUCCUGCUCACUCAUGACCGAUCCGCGCUCACAGACGCAAACUGCCUUCGACUCGAACCUCAGCAUGAGUUUGGGCCACUUCAGUAGCAUACGCACGAAUCACAGCCACAAUUACAGCUGCUCUUCGAGCAGAAAGCGAUCGCAGAAUAGACGCCUUAGCUACGUGUGAUGCCAACGCUGCAGCGAGGCGGGUGACAAGCUGGAUGCAGAGCGUUGGAGGCAGAACCACACUCAUGCAACGGGCUGCUGAGCCGAUAGAGACUCUGGAAUGAGACUGUCUUCUUAGUUUUACUUUAGUUUUAGUAGCGAGAUUCCUUUAUUUCUAUGCAAAAAAAUAUUAACGAGUUAGUUUUUAAGGCGCAAAUUGGUAAUAAGCCUCAAGUUCGAAAGAAGUAUAAUCUUUUACAAAAUAGA